AAUGCAUAUAAUGGCAGGCCUCAUUCCAGAAGGCGCAAGUGCUACAGAAAAGGAGAAAAUGAUGACCACAUAUUUAGAUAACAUCACUUAUGCAGCUGACCGGCUGAGUCGGGAAGGUAUACUUGCACUAAUUGAACCGGUCAACAAUAGGAUAUCAGUACCACGCUACUUUCUUUCUGUUCCAAGUGAAGGUCUUGAGAUAGUCAAGAAAGUAAAUCAUCCCAAUUUGAAGUUACAGUUUGAUAUUUUCCAUGUGCAAAUAAUGGAUGGAAAUUUAACCAAAAAUAUCCAGAAUUAUCUGCCCUAUGUAGGUCAUGUGCAGCUAGCUCAAGUACCAGAUAGAGGGGAACCAGACAACAGUGGAGAAAUCAAUUUUCCUUAUAUAUUCAGUGUCUUGGACAAACUUGGUUAUGAUGGCUAUAUUGGACUAGAAUACAAGCCAAGAGGAAAAACAGAAGAUGGACUGACAUGGUUUAAGGAGCUAAACUAUUAG